AUCCAGACUCCCCGUCUAGGUCUGCCACUGAAGGUCCUACAUCGAAACGAUACACGUAGGCCUGCAUGUUCUGCGACACAGGUUCAAGGCAAAAUGUUGCAAGCAUUAAACAAUGGAAGACACAUCCGCGCGUUAGGAUCCCUCAGAAGCAUACAUAAGGCUCUAGCAAAAGGUCUUGCAACAGAUUCAUCAGACCAGGCCUAUCUCAUCAACCAGCCGAAGUAUGGUUUUCUCAAAGAGCUGGGACUUGCGGAAGAAAAUUUAGGAGUUUUUGCUGGUGGUAAAUGGGUCGGCUCUGGAGAGUGGAUCACUUCUUACUUUCCUGGCACCGGAGAGGCAAUUGCAAAAGUAAAACAAGGAACUUUGAUCGACUACAACAAUGCAGUGGCUGAAGCAAAGGAAGCAUCUAAAAUAUGGCGUGAGGUUCCUGCCCCUCACAGAGGAGAGAUCAUUAGACAAAUUGGUCAUGCUCUUAGAGAAAAGAAAACACAACUUGGAAAGCUGAUCUCAAUAGAAAUGGGCAAGAUUGUUCCUGAAGGCGAGGGAGAGGUUCAAGAAUACAUUGAUAUUUGUGACUUUGCUGUUGGGUUGUCAAGAAUGCUGGAAGGCAAAGCUCUGCCGUCUGAGAGACCAGAACACAGUUUGAUUGAGCAGUGGAAUCCUCUUGGAACAAUUGGGGUCAUUACAGCUUUCAACUUCCCAGUUGCAGUCCUGGGAUGGAACUCCGCAAUAAGUUUAGUGUGUGGAAAUACCCAAAUCUGGAAGGGUGCCCCAACUACACCGCUGACAUCUGUGGCAACAACAAGGAUUAUGACUGAAGUUCUUGAGGCCAACAACUACCCAGGGGCAAUAUGCUCUAUGAUUUGUGGUGGUGCAGACAUUGGUGAAGCAAUCAGCAAAGACGAGAGACUGAAUCUUGUGUCAUUUACUGGAAGCACCAAGGUUGGUCAUUUGGUGGGAAACACUGUUCAAAAUAGAUUUGGUCGAUCAUUAUUGGAACUCGGAGGGAACAAUGCACUGAUAGCAAUGGAAGAUGCGAACCUGGAUCUUUUAAUACCUGCCGUCCUUUUUGCUGCUGUUGGUACAGCUGGACAGAGGUGCACCACAACCAGACGUCUUAUCGUGCAUGAUAAUAUUUAUGAUCAUGUUGUUGAGAAGCUUAGCAAAGCUUACAAGCAAGUGAAAAUCGGUGAUCCAUUAGAUGAUGGAACCUUGUAUGGACCCCUCCACUCACAGCAAGCAGUUGAUGCAUAUCACAAGGCGGUUAAAGAUGCCCAGACUCAAGGUGGGAGACUAGUCUGUGGUGGCAAUAGAAUUGACCGACCUGGCUUCUACGUGGAACCAACAAUCAUAGCAGAUAUAUCCCAUGAUGCAUCUGUUGUUCAUACUGAAACAUUUGCACCAAUCUUGUACAUUUUGAAAUGCUCUAGUUUUGAACAGGCUGUUGAGUGGAAUAAUGAAGUCAAGCAAGGCUUAUCAAGCAGCUUGUUUACCAAAGAUCCUGCAAGAAUUUUCAAAUGGAUGGGUGCUUCAGGAUCUGACUGUGGAAUUGUGAAUGUUAAUAUCCCAACAAGUGGAGCUGAAAUUGGUGGUGCUUUUGGUGGAGAGAAACACACAGGUGGAGGUAGAGAAUCAGGAAGUGACUCUUGGAAGCAGUACAUGAGGAGAUCCACCUGCACAAUCAAUUACAGUAAGAGUCUACCUCUUGCCCAAGGAAUAAAAUUUGAAUGAGGUUAUAGGUUUUAAAGUGAUGAAAUUACAGAAGAAUAUGUAUGGAAUGGCUGGAUCAAAAUCCUAUCCUUUAAACCAAAAGUAGCCAGUUUCUCUACCUACAGAAGUUGUGUAGUUGUUCCUGCCAUGGACUUCCUAUCAGGUAGCUGUUUCAUGUGUAGCAUAAUACAUAUGCCUUCUUGUUGGCCAUGUUUUGUAUGCUUUAGCUGAUUGCUUAAUGAAUCAAAAGCUUAGAAAGCAACCUAAUAUAUGCAAAGAACCAACUGUUAAUAUUCUGUAUGAAGGGUGAAAUGGAGUUUUUUCUUUUUUCAAUCUUUUUAUUCAGUGCUACAAUGAAAUUUACAAGAAAAAACUUUUGCAUCAUCUCAGUCAAAGUCACUUUGAUAA